AUGGCCAUUUGGAGGCUGAACAGCCUGCGAGCUGAUAGCGCGGUCAGCGCGGGGCCCCGCACGCAGGAAAGUGCCCCUGCACUGGCAGCUGUGGCCACCGUGGGCACCAGGGGGCCGCCAGAGCACAGGACCCGAGUGGGCUCGCCCGGGAGCCCCGCGGCGCGGCCACCUGGGCGCCGCCCUCUGCGCCCUGCGCGGCAGCGAGAUCCAGUCCUGGGCGCCGUCUCCCGCCCCUCGCCGCCUAGCUGGGCGCCCGGCACGCAACGGCUCCGGCUCCGGCUCCGGCUCCCGCGCCCCGGGCCCCGCGCCCCGACCCCGCCGCCGCACCUGCCGGGGGCCUCGCGCGCCCCCGCCGCCCGCCUCACGCUGAAGUUCCUGGCCGUGCUGCUGGCCGCGGGCAUGCUGGCGUUCCUCGGUGCCGUCAUUUGCAUCAUCGCCAGCGUGCCCCUGGCGGCCAGCCCCGCGCGGGCGCUGCCCGGCGCCGCCGACAACGCCUCGGCCGCGUCCCCGGGCCCGCAGCGCAGCCUGAGCGCGCUGCACGGCGCGGGCGGCUCGGCCGGGCCCCCGGCGCUGCCCGGGGCGCCGGCGGCCAGCGCGCACCCGCUGCCGCCGGGGCCGCUCUUCAGCCGCUUCCUGUGCACGCCGCUGGCGGCCGCCUGCCCGUCGGGGGCCGAGCCGGGGGGCGCGGCGGGCGGCGAGCGCGAGGAGCUGCUGCUGCUGCAGAGCACGGCCGAGCAGCUGCGCCAGACGGCGCUGCAGCAGGAGGCGCGCAUCCGCGCCGACCAGGACACGAUCCGCGAGCUCACGCGCAAGCUGGGCCGCUGCGAGAGCGGCUUGCCGCGAGGCCUGCAGGACGCGGGGCCCCGCCGCGACACCCUGGCCGACGGGCCCCGGGACUCGCCCGCGCCGCUGCUCGAGCUGGAGGACGCGGUGCGCGCCCUCCGGGACCGCAUCGACCGCAUCGAGCAGGAGCUCCCAGCCCGGGUGAACCUCUCGGCCGCCCCCGUGGCGCCCCCCGCCCUGCACGCCAAGGUGGACAAAGCGGAGGAGCAGCUGCUGGCCAAGGUGCUGGCGCUGGAGAAGGAGCGCGCGGCCCUGAGCCACAGCAGCCACCGGCAGCGGCAGGAGGUGGAGAAGGAGCUGGAGACCCUGCUGGACCGCGUGGCGGAGCUGGAGCAUGGGUCCUCAGCCUACAGCCCCCCGGAUGCCUUCAAGAUCAGCAUCCCCAUCCGUAACAACUACAUGUACGCCCGCGUGCGGAAAGCCCUGCCCGAGCUGUACGCCUUCACCGCCUGCAUGUGGCUGCGGUCCCGGGCCGGCGGCCCCGGCCAGGGCACCCCCUUCUCCUACUCAGUGCCUGGGCAGGCCAACGAGAUUGUGCUGCUGGAGGCCGGCCCGGAUCCCAUGGAGCUGCUCAUCAAUGACAAGGUAGCCCAGCUGCCCCUGAGCCUGAAGGACAACGGCUGGCACCACAUCUGCAUUUCCUGGACCACAAGGGACGGCCUGUGGUCUGCCUACCAGGACGGGGAACUGCAGGGCUCCGGUGAGAACCUGGCGGCCUGGCACCCUAUCAAGCCUCAUGGGAUCCUCAUCCUGGGCCAGGAGCAGGAUACCCUAGGUGGCCGCUUUGAUGCCACCCAGGCCUUCGUUGGAGACAUUGCCCAGUUCAACCUGUGGGACCACACCCUGACGCCUGCGCAGGUCCUGGGCAUGGCCAACUGCACCGGGCCACUGCGGGGCAACAUCGUGCCCUGGGAGGACAGGCUGGUGGAGACCUUCGGGGGCGCCACCAAGGCCGCCCUGGAGGUCUGCCAGGGAAAGGCCAAGGCCUGAGGACCACCUCGGCCAGGGCCCCUCCCUCCCGCCACUUCCGGGGCCUCCAGUGGGACCACACUCCCUCCCACCCACCCUGCCCUGGUCUUGCCUCCAGUGCCCCGCCCCUCUUCCCACCCUCCAGAACACCAAGCCCUGCGGUGGUGGGCGCCCCCUUACCCCACCAGGAGAGCCAGCCCCUCAUCUACAACAGGUUGAGCUGGGGGAGGCCAGGCUCUGCCGCCCUCCUGGUGGUGCCCGAUGGGCUCCCCCCACCCCCACCAUCCCCUCUGUCACACCCGAGCCCACGACCCCCACAGCAGCUCCAUGGCUGUGUCUGGGGAGGGUCCACCUGCUCAGUGCUGGCCGUGGCCCUGUGCACUGCUGUCCCCCUCCGGGCCCCCCAGGCUGUGGACAGGUGGAGAUGGCGCGUCCGUCUGUCCACCAGCUGCAGGCAAGGGCAGCAGGAUCUGGAUGGAGCCCGCCUUCCCCGCCCCUGCUCUUCACCCCUUCCCCUGUGGCUUCGUGUGCAGUGGUCUGAGUGUCGGUUCCGCGCCCGGCCCAGCCCCACCUGUUUCCAGGCCCUUCCCUUCCCAGCUCCAGUCUGGAGGUCUAGGGACCAAGACCCCAGGAGGCCCAAGGACCACGGUUACCCCCUUGUGCCCACCUGCAGCUGUGCCCACAGGCGUGGUCACCCCUUCUGCUGUGUGCCCGGUCCAGCCUGGGCUGGGAACAGCAUAAGACAGAGUUCCCUGUCCAGGAAGGUGCCACCUCUGGCCACAUUACCUGCCCCCUUCUGCAUCCCUGGGGCAGCCAGGAAGAAGCUGAGGAAGUGGGGAGAAGCGUGUAGUGGUGGGCAGAGCACUGGGUGGGAGGGAGGAGCCCCUGGUUCCUAGCCAGCCCUGUGGCUAACCUGCUGUGUGGCCUCCUGCCGAGAGCUCUCCAGAGCGAGCAGGAGAUGGUCCUUGAUUCCAGGUGGACACAGUGAGGGAGGCCUGGGGGCCCACCAGGUGGCCCAGGUUCUUUGCAGGAGCAAGUCCUAGGACUUGCAACAGCUUCCUUUCAGCAACACCCAAACACCUUGGCACCCAGGAGGUGGGGCAGGAGGGGCACGGUCCCUGGGCACACGGGUCGGUGGUCGGCUGAGGACACACCUGUUCCUUCUUGCUGCCAGCUGCCUCGCAGGCGUCUGAGCAGCUGCAGGCUACCUGACCCAAGCGGGCCCUGCUGUCUCCUGCCCCCCUUUUUGUUCCCUGCGGCCACGUAGCCUGAGCCGUGACGCAGGAACAGCAGGCUGUGGGGCCCGGUGCCAUGGAUGCUGCUCCAAGCCUUGUCGCCUCCGGCCCCCAGCUCCUGUUUCCAUUUCGAGAGCACACAUAGAUCACGCAGCAUUUCCGGUCCAACUCCCCCUGGAUGAAGAGAGACGGCAGCCCCAGCCAGAACCUGCUGCCAUCUAGGUUGCCUGGGAGACAGCCAAUGACAUCAGCGCAAGUGCUGGGUCAAGUGUCGCAGCACCAUGACGUGUGCUGUUGCUGGGGUGACGGCAGCCCUGGAGCUGGGGCCUGGGGGGGCACGGAGCUGUCUUAUUGUUUCUGUUAUUCUUCAGAAGGAGGUAGCUUUGGUGGCGGCCUAGGGAGGUCUGGGUCUUAGAAGGGAGGUGCCAGCAGCGGCUCGGUCACUUGAGCCCCCUAGAAGCAUCACCCCAAGUCCUUUAUGCUUUGUCACGGUGAGGAUGACCCAUGGGUGUCUGAGCUCCUCCUCCUAGCCCUGGUCAGAGGGACAGCUGGUGUGUGGGUCACUGGGGAGGGGCCUGGCUCCUGAUUUCCAAAGACCCCUCAACCCCUCCCCCCCUUAUUUUGUGUACACUUCCUGUUCCGCUGCUCCCAUGAGGAAAGGGGCUGGGACUUUGCUCAGCCCGCCCCGAGCGGCCCCUGGCUCGUGAGCGGGGAGCCUGUGUCGUGCCUGUCGUGGCAGCUGGCACGUGCCAGGCACUGCGCCGGCGUCAUCGAGCCCACUCUCAAGACACAACUGAAGGCCGGGAGUCUUUUGAGCCCCACUGCACUGCUGACAUCCAGGCCCCGCCCUGUCAGCCCCAGGGGAGCGGGUAGGGUGGGGGUGGGCCCCUUGGUGAAGCUCCUUAAGGAGUGGGUGUCCCCCUCGCCCUGCUCUGACUCCGCUGGAGUUUCCUGGGGAGCUGAGAGGGGAAGGGAAACUGACCGCCCCAGGCCCCCAGGAGCCCCGGGGAGGAUGGGAGGAGGCCCCCUGUCCAGGUGCUUCACAGCUGCUGUGGCCACGGUACCUCCUCGCCAUCCCCCCACCCUGACUGUGCAGGAGCUGGGUUUGCCGCGGUGCCGGGAGGGGGAUCCUCAAUGGCAGGUGAGCAGCUGCGACCCGGAGAGGAUGAGUGACCCCUGCGGAGACAGGAGCCCAGCCCUCUCACGGCGCUCGGGCCUCCAGGACUCCGGGCCCCUCUUGCCCUGCAGCUGGCCCCAGCACACUGGAGUCUCUUCACGCCUUCCUCCCAGCUGCCUGUCCGUCCCCCAGGGCCCUCCCUCCCCCAGCCCCCUCCCCUGCCCGGUGGGGAAGGGGCUCCGGCCGGCAGUGAGCAUGUCCAGUUGUCCCCUGCUGUGCCGUUACUGCCCUGCCUCCCCCGCCUUCUCCUUGCCCGAUUUUGUACAUAAAGUGACCCGAGACACGUGUGUGUGUGUGCGUGUGUGCGUGUGACCCACGUCCUGGUUUUGUUACCUUUCAUUUUUGUAAAUCUGAAUGAUCAAAUAAACACGCGGUUUACUCUGA